CUUACUUUCCCAUUUAAUUGGGGAUUCCUCUCAACUUUCGUGUUCCUUUCAUUCCCACUCAUAUAUUUACUCAAUUCACCUAAUAUUUUUGCACUAAAAUUUCACACAAAUUCUUCUUCUAAUUAUCAUUUUUCAUGUGAUGCGAGAAAAUUAAGAAAAAAAUAUUUAUUAUGAAAUCGAAAAUCACAGAGCCGAUCAAAUACACUAUCCACAAAACUCUCACAACCAAAUUCUGCUCGCCGUCGCCGCCGUCGAGCAAGCCAUGCAGCCGCCGCGAAACGCCGCGUUUAGUCAGGAUCUCCGUCACCGACUGCGACGCCACCGAUUCAUCCAACGACGAGCUUGAAAAUCCAUAUUUCCGUCGAGUGAAAAAGCACGUAAACGAGGUUAGGUUUGAGAAGGAGAAUUCUCUUACGAUGAAAAGUGACGCGGAGGAGGAGGAGGAGAAGAAGAAGAGGCGGCCGCCGCCGGCGACGGAGACGGAGAGGAGAGAGAAGAAGUUCCGCGGAGUCAGGCGGCGGCCGUGGGGGCGAUGGGCGGCGGAGAUCCGGGAUCCAGCGAGGCACGGGGCGAGGGUUUGGCUGGGGACCUACGACACCGCGGAGGAGGCGGCGAUGAUCUACGACGCGGCGGCGAUUCAAAUACGGGGCGCGAAUGCCGUGACUAAUUUCACUCCGCCGUCGACGGAUGCGGCGGCGCCGGCCGAAGAUUAUGGCGAUGCGUGCGAAUUAGUUCGGUUUGAUUUCGGAGAUUCUAAACACGACGACGCGAAAUUAUCGUGCUCGCGAUUCGAAUCCGUUGAUCCGAAGGAGGAGGAUUUAUUCAGCAGCGAUGAUUUUUUAUCGUUGGGCGAUGAAUAUAUGUUGAAUGAUGAUUUGGAUUUUAGGUCACAAUUAAUUUGUGAUGAAAUUAGGUUGAGGGAGCAAGUAUUGGAUGAUGAUUUUAGUUGUGUUGACAUUGAUUUGGGUGAUGAUUUUGCGUGGGACCUCAAUGAACUACUAGCAUGGUAAGUCCAAUUUAAUUAUUUUGGGUACAUAUAUAUGUAAUUAUUUUUAUUGUACGUGUAUGUUUUAGUGUUCAUAUUUUCUUAAUGCAUGCAAAUUUGGAAUUUUAAUAAUAAUUUGGUUUUCACCAAUGUCUUUUUUUUUUUUUUUUUUUUUGCGAUAUGUUUCAAGUGUAUAUUUGUUGUACCAUCAUGUACUCAUCUUCUACAAUAAUGUAACACUUAAUUACGUU